AAAUCAUAAUAUAUAUUAGAUUUCAUUAUGUUAUAAGCUACUGUUUCCUUUAGUGAUCCCAACAUGUUAAAAUUUCUCUUCUUUUAUUUAUUCAUUGUAUAUCAUGCACCUGUGUAUGAAGCAGCUAGAUACAGAGGAUAUAAAGUUUUUAAAAUAACUCCUGAAUCAAAAGAUCACAUAGAAUUUCUUCAAAAAAUACGGAAACAUUAUUCGGUUAAUCUGUGGAAAGAACCGCAUAAUAUUGGUAUUCCUAUUUUAACGCAUAUCCAACCAGAACUCCUCUCACCUCUGAAAAACGCUUUUAAAGAACAUGAAAUUAAAUACAGCGUAGUUCAUGAAGAUUUACAAAGUCUUAUUGAUUAUGAGAGAAUGACAAACACUCCUUUAACAAUUAGCCAGUCUGAAGCCUUUGAUUUUGGAAUAUAUAACCAAUAUGAAGAGAUCAAAUUUUUAAUGGCUGAGUUGUCAACCAAAUAUCCAAAACUGGUAAAAAUUGAAAGAAUUGGGAAAACAUACGAGAAUCGCCCUAUUCAUUCUUUAAAAAUUAGUUCAGGUGAUUCCUCCAACAAAAGUGCUAUCAUAAUUGAAUGUGGUAUCCAUGCAAAUGAAUGGUCUCCUGUAGCAGUUUGUGCUUAUCUAGCAGACCAGCUAAUAGAAAACUAUGGCAGACAAUCUGAAAUAACAAGCUUAUUGGAUAAAUAUGAAUUCAACAUUAUUUUGGUUGCAAACCCGGAUGGAUAUGUAUAUACUUGGACGAAAGAUAGAAUGUGGCGAAAAUCUCGGUCUCGUAGCGUUAAUGACUUUACAGGAUAUUGCAGAGGAGCUGAUGUGAAUCGAAACUUCGACAUCGAGCAUUGCGGUGUCGGUUCUAGCAAUGACCCAUGCCAGAACAGUUAUUGCGGUGAUGAAGCUUUUUCAGAAGGGGAAAGUCGAGCUCUCAGGGAUCUUAUGAAAUCAAGAGAAGGUCGUACUCUUGCAUAUUUUGCUAUCCACUCAUUUUCUCAGUUCUGGAUGACACCUUAUGGAAUAACUGAAGAUUUGCCCCCCAACUAUAGUGAAUUGGAACGUGUAGCAAACAUAGGAAUGGAUGCGCUGCAUAAAGAAUAUAACACUGAUUACAUGUUUGGGACAAUUUUUCGCACUAUCUAUCCAGCAUCUGGUUCUUCUAUUGAUUAUGCAUACAUAAAACAAGGUAUCAAAUAUGCAUACGCCCUAGAACUCAGAGAUACAGGCCUCCAUGGUCAUUUUCUUCCAAAAGAACAAAUAUUACCAAUGUGCAUCGAAACGUUUAAAGGACUAGUAGCAGCUAUAAAAGCAAUGUAAACAUUUAAUCUAAAAAACUGAAUGAAAAAAUUAUUUUACUGUCUAUCUUAAGAUGCAUCAAUAAAACUUCGUUCUGCAAAUUUUAAAUAAAGUUCAAUAUGUAUUUUUUAA